AUUGUUUCUGUAGAGCAUGAAGACUUUUUAACAGUAGCAGAAUCUCUGAAGAAAGAGUUUGACAGCCUAGAAACCUCAGACCUAAAGUUCCGUGUGGAUGGAAAAUACAUCCAUGUCCAUAAAGCUGUUCUGAAAAUCAGGUGUGAACACUUCAGAACCAUGUUCCAGUCAUACUGGAAUGAGGAUAUGAAGGAAGUGAUAGAAAUAGACCAAUUUUCUUAUCCUGUGUAUCGUGCCUUUCUUGAGUACUUGUAUACAGACAGUGUUGACCUUCCGCCUGAAGAUGCAAUAGGACUUCUGGAUUUGGCUACUUCGUACUGUGAAAAUAGACUGAAAAAACUGUGUCAACACAUUAUCAAGAGAGGAAUUACUGUGGAAAAUGCAUUUUCAUUGCUCUCUGCUGCUGUCAGAUAUGAUGCAGAGGACUUAGAGGAGUUCUGCUUUAAGUUUUGUGUCAAUCAUUUGACGGAAGUGACACAAACUACAGCAUUUUGGCAAAUGGAUGGUCCCCUGCUAAAGGAAUUCAUUGCUAAAGCCAGUAAAUGUGGAGCCUUUAAGAACUGA